GCCUUUCCGUCGUCUCGUCCGUUUGACCGGAUUUACUAAAGGACGCUUCAGUUCGAGUCCUGGACCCGUCUAGUUUUCUAAAUGAUUAACAACCUGUAGUAGACUGGGGGUGUUAAACUAAACUGAAAGAACAGUAGCAGAGUGUUGACAGUGGAAGUUGAAAGUGAAAACAGCGAUGAUCUCAUCUACUGAUCUGGAGCAGCUGGCUGAAAUAGAGCUGCAGAAGGAGGAGGAUGAGGAACAGGGUCGUCAUGGGUACCGUCCGGAUCGCCCUCCAGCCCCACGUAGAGUCAGCUUCAGCCAGGACACCUCUCACCCCUACUACGAUGUGGCUCGACACGGGAUCCUACAGGUCACAGGUGAUGAUAACUAUGGCAGGAAGCUAGUGAUCUUCAGUAGCUGCCUGAUGCCCCCCUCCCAUCAGCUCAACCACCACCACCUACUGCAGUAUCUGAUGUAUACGCUGGACCAGUAUGUAGAGAGUGACUAUACGGUAGUGUACUUCCACCAUGGUCUCCGCAGCUGCAACAAGCCCUCGCUACACUGGCUUCGAAACGCCUACAGAGAAUUUGACAGGAAGUACAAGAAGAACCUGAAAGCCCUCUAUGUCGUCCAUCCUACUAACUUUAUCAGAAUCAUCUGGAAUAUAUUCCAACCACUCAUCAGUCACAAGUUUGGUAAGAAGCUGACCUAUGUAAACUACCUGUCUGAGCUCAGAGAUCACCUGAGCUGGGAUCAGCUCAUCAUCCCACCUGACGUCCUCAGGCAUGACGAGAGGCUGCAGGCGGCCCAGAAGGGAGGUCUGCACCCCUCAUCUAAGACUCCUCCCCCCAGACCUCCUCUGCCCACUCAGCAGUUUGGAGUCAGCCUGCAAUAUAUUGCUGAGAAGAACCAGGGAGUUAUGAUCCCUCCUGUGAUGUCCCAGACUGUGGCUUAUCUCAAAGACAAAGGCCUCCAGACAGAAGGUAUCUUCAGGAGGUCCGCUCGUGUUCAGCUCAUCAAGGACGUCCAGAAGCUCUACAACCAGGGGAAGCCAGUGGUGUUCGAGCAGUACGGAGACAUCCACGCGCCUGCUGUCAUCCUGAAGACCUUCCUCAGAGAGCUUCCUGAACCUCUGCUCACCUUCCCCCUCUACCACCAGAUACAGGACGUAGUCCGAGUGGAGAGCAGUCUACGAGUGACCACCUGUAAACACAUCCUAGAGAGACUACCAGAACACAACUACAUGGUGUUGAAGUACCUGCUCUGCUUCCUGAACAUGGUCUCUCAGCAGAGUAUCAUCAACAAGAUGUCUCCCUCCAACCUGGCUUGUGUGUUUGGUGUCAAUCUGUCCUGGCCUUCUCAGGGCUCUGUCUCUCUGACAUCUCUAACACCGCUCAACAUCUUCACUGAGAUCCUUAUAGAACAUUACCAUACAGUCUUCAGCUCCCGCUGCCCACAAGCAGAGGUACUGCCCUGAUACCAGCCCUGAUACCAGCCCUGAUACCAGCCCUGAUACCAGCCCUGAUACCAGCCCCGGGACCAGCCCCGAUACCAGCCCCGAUACCACCUGAUACCUUCCCCCGAUACCAGCCCCGGUACCGGCCCCGAUACCACCUGAUACCAGCCCCGAUACCACCUGAUACCAGCCCCGAUACCACCUGAUACCAGCCCCGAUGCCACCUGAUACCUUCCCCCGAUACCAGCCCCGGUACCGGCCCCGAUACCACCUGAUACCAGCCCCGAUACCACCUGAUACCAGCCCCGAUACCACCUGAUACCAGCCCCGAUGCCAGCCCCGGUACCACCUGAUACCAGCCCCGAUGCCAGCCCCGGUACCACCUGAUACCUUCCCCCGAUACCAGCCCCGGUACCACCUGAUACCAGCCCCGGUACCAGACCCGGUACCAGCCCACCACCGUACGGACAGGCUCCACUGCACAGCCCAACACCCAGCUACUCAAACCAACAAAACAGACACGCUGUGAUUGUCUACUGGGAUGACCUGUUUUUGAAGAAUGUCCCCCAACCACCUGUUGCUGCUGAAACAAGAUGGCUCCCAGAAUCUGUUCCUUUUCUUUCUCCUGUGACAUAAUCCAGUUUGUUUUGGUGCACAACUGACUGACUUCAUUGGCCCCAUGGGGACAUGUUGAUACAGUGUCAUGUAAACAUUUAAAGUUUAAAUACAAAACUAAAUUGACAAAACAACUUUCAUAACAGUUACAUACCAAUAAAAACAUGUUUU